AUGAGCUUGGAAAUAUUUAGAAGAAGCGAGAAACUUACCGGACUUGGAACAUUUUUCUCUUUCAAAGUCAUCGUGUUGAUCAAUAAAUCACCGAAAACUUUAUUGGUGCGGAAUUUAUUAAACUUUAAUGAAGUUUAUCUUAAACAAUGGUUGAAAGAACUAGAAACUCCAGAAAGCUUUAAAAAUUUGAUUAAACUCGGUGUAAGUGCUACUGGCUUUGAUCAAUACAUGUUUCAUUUCUACAGAAUGCAUAAACAAAUCUUGAUUACGAGGAUAAACUUCAGUUAUAUAUCUAGUCAUGCCGUAGUGAAUAAUUAG